AUGUCUGACGACUGGAGCUCGGUUACCAAGAUCGGCAGCAAGGUCCGCGGUGGUGCUUCCCAACGCGAGACCGUCGUUCGAGGAAACUCGGCCCUCAACGCCGCCAAGCGCUCAGGCGGUUCCAUCGCAACCGAGAAGAAGUAUUCUACAGGCAAUGCCGUAGGCAAAGGCCCCGAAGGCCAACGUCUAACCAAAGUAGACCGCAGCGACGACAUCAUCAAGCCGAACACCGUCGGCAAAGAAGUCGGCGACGUAAUCAGCCAGACGCGACAAAAAAUGGAGCCCAAAAUGACACAAAAAGAUCUCGCGACCAAGUGCAACACAACACCCUCCGUGAUCGCCGAUUUCGAGCGCGGCUCCGCUACUCCCGACCAGAAGAUCCUAUCUGCCAUGGAGCGCGUUCUCAACGUCAAGCUUCGCGGCACCGGGAUCGGCGAGCCGAAGUUCAAGCCCAAAGCUAAAUAA